UGAUCAACCAACGAAAAGUGGGAUUGGACCGCGCCGGGCAAAUCAGACACACAGGCAAGAUGCAAUCAUGAGCAGGCGGCCAGAUGAGCUGGCUAGCUGUGGGCCGAGUGGCUCCAGCUUUCUGAGCGAUAUCAACGAGCGCCCACCACGAAAAGACCUAGCGCCUGAGGAUGCGUCCGCGAAGGCUGGCUGGAUGAACAUGCAUGUUGUGACUGGUUUCUCUCCCCCGGCGUGCUACGUGGCUCGCCUCUUGAUGCCCCGCGGUCGUUCUCAUGCAGCUCGACCCCGGAAUCUAUCGGCUGAGCAAUUGCGGCAAUUACCUGAGGACGGUUCCUUGCUGGAUCAAAUCUCUUCAUCUCCUAUGGCGAGCAUAGUAGAUGACUUGCUUGGGGACAUGGCAUGACUUGCAGAAGGGGUCCCUUAUUCUCUCGACGCAUAUAGGGGGAAAAUAAAAUCGCACCACAAACUAACCGUUAAGCCACCUCGAGCUACUCGUAUGGCUGCCACUCUCGGAGAGGCUGGUUCUUUUUUGGCUAACCAGUGCUACGGCGAUGGAGCCACAGCCGACACUUGACAGGGAUUGUUCCGCGGGAGAAAUUCUCAAGGAAAAUAUGGCGGCUGGGGAUCUUGUCGACGGUGCUGCUCAAAAAUACCUAUCAGCCGACAGUUAUUACAAGCACACGGCGUGGGGAUCAAAAACCAUCCAUCGCAAUUAUUGCCACCGACCUCACCAGGAAAGCAGACUGUUGCUUCCACCUGGCCUUUGCCUCUUUCCUCUUUGUUUCCUUACCUUGUCGAAUCUGUUUCAACCAGAACUGCGCUAUCAUGCAAGGCGUGCCAAUAACGGGAAAUGCGAGCAAGAUUAGUGGUGUCUAGUAGUUGGCGGUGUGCGGUGGCUGGACGGGAGAGAAGAGAGAAAAGAGUGGGGGUUAGCUGUAGCGCCAAUCCUCGAUGUAGUUUUGGGAACCACACGUGAGAUGCUUCACCGCGUAGAUUUCUGGCGGGGUUUCCUUUCUGUGGUCGUCUGCGGCUUGCUGUUGUUUUUGUUGUUGUCCUUGAUUUCUUCACUCUUGGCGCUGCAGUGACAUAAUGGUGGAUCCUGGCCGUGAUGAGGAGAAAAUACCUAGGCAGCUCUAUUUUGUCGGUGAUGGCGAGCGAGCUAUGGUACGGCAUCGAAGCACUAACAGCUUCAAGUCCGCCAGAGACACCAAUAUGCUGCUUACUCGUACAGCUAGCCAUGCAUCAGAUAUCCGGUUUGCUCACCUGUACGCCGCCAGCGUCUGAUUCACAACUGCAGAGUAGCAUCUCCUCCGACCACUGACUUAAUUGCGUGCAUAAUGUCCAGCCCUCUUGUAAGCCCAAGCCCCUCACAUCCUACAGAGUCCAGCGCCCAUGGUGGUACCAUCAGCCAACCCCUCCCAACACUCUUCACGUGUAUCUACGCUCUGAAUCUUCUCAUUCGCGUGCGAGUAAGUUCUGUACAUGCAGACAUACAUCCGGUAUGCAUGCAUCUAUAUUAGCACUGCAUAUUGUGAGCCACCCCGGAGAAGAAUGGUCGAAAAAAAAAGAGGUGGUCGGCCAGGCUAAAGAAGCACUCUCCAACCACCAGAUAUCUUCCGAUUACGGGUGUCUCCAACCUCCUCCGUUGUAGUGUUAGCCUGACAUGGGGGGGUUUAAGAAAAAAAAAAAAAGGCCGCAGAAAGCGCUGCGGCAAACGAAAUUCUUUGUG